AUGGCUCACGAUAACGGCCAGAUGCCCCAAGCGGAUCUUUUGGAACAAUUGGCCAUAAGGGAAAGACAGCUGGAGCAACUGCAACAAGCGUAUGUACAGCUCCAGGGAAAUGGAAACAACCCAGCCCAACAAGAGCGGUUGUUCAAAAACAUCAAUCGUUUGGCAACCUUUACGGGAACCGGGGAAAUCUCCAUCAACUCCUUCUUCAGUAGCGUGGAGUACCUGUUACAGACGGUAGAGGACCCACAACUCAAGAGAGAAGCCACAAGGACAAUAUUCUACAGGACAAUUCAGGGUCAAGCAAAGGAUGCAGUAAUAAAUAUCCCGGAGCCGGACAACUGGGACCUGAUAAAAGCCACCUUGAAGUUAAGGUACAGACCAGACACGGAGCCGCACCAAAUCUACAAGAGGAUAUGUGACCUGAGAGUGAAUUCGAAAAUACUAACGACGACUAUGUUGCUGACGACAAUACUAAUGACAAUGGCAAUAACAACAACAGCGGGAACACUAACGAUUCAAGAAAUACCUGAUCAGGACGGGUAUGCGCAAAUAGAGAUGAAAAAUCAAGAUAUAAUUAUCACAACAGAUAUAGUAGUACAUAUAAUAAACUUAAAAGAUAUUGACAAUAUUUUGAACGAAAUAGGAAAAAACAUAGAAAUGACAAACAAUGACAACAAACACAUAUUACAAUCGGAACUAACUGAAACAAAAAACAAAUUGUAUACCCUAUAUGGAAACCACAAUCGCGGAAGAAGAGGAUUAAUUAAUGUAGUAGGUAGUUCAGCAAAAUGGUUGUUUGGAACAAUGGACGAUGAAGACAGGAAAGAAGUUGAGAAUCAUAUCUCUACAUUUAAAGAAAACAUGCAGGAAACAGAUGAAGCAUUAAACAAGCAAAUUUACAUAAAUAAAUAUACCGAUGCCUAA